AUGAAGAUUAUUUUGAUUUGCUUGUUCCACUUGCUUGCUCUUCUCACUUUACCUACUGUUUCAGACAAGUCAACACAGCCGCGGUUGUCACUACAAUCUCCCAGCGAAGAUGUAGAAAGUCUUGUCACCUGGGACGAAUACUCGAUCUUCAUUCGUGGAGAGCGUGUUCUAUUUCUCUCGGGCGAGUUCCAUCCUUUCCGGCUCCCAUCGCCUGGUCUAUGGCUGGAUAUCUUCCAAAAGAUCCGAGCCUUGGGCUACUCCGGUGUCUCUUUCUACUUGAUGUGGGGAUUACAGGAGAGCGAGCCAGGAAGGUUCCAAACUCGGCCUGGGCCUUACAUCAACGCCGAAGUAUCAGGAGGAGGGUUACCCGGCUGGUUACAACGGUUAAAAGGGGAUGUGAGAUCUGUAGCACCGGACUUCCUCAAUGCUACAAGAGACUACGUCACGAAUGUUGGCAGAAUCAUCAGUGAGGCCCAAAUCACCAACGGGGGCCCGGUGGUGCUGUUCCAACCCGAGAACGAAUACACCAUGUGCUCUGGAUUCACUUCAGUUGAGGAGAUCAGCACCUGCCUUGACAAAGACUAUAUGGCUCAUGUGGAGGACCUGUACCGUGAAUCUGGUCUGGUUGUCCCGUUCGUCAGCAAUGACGCCGUUCCCCUUGGGAAUUGGGCUCCCGGAACGGGUCCAGGUGCGAUGGAUCUCUAUGGAUUCGACAACUAUCCAUUUGGUUGGGGAACUGGAUGCCAGGAUCCGUCUAACUGGACUCGGAUAUUAGACCCCUUGAGUCUGUAUAACUUUACCACCAACAGAAUGAUGAGUCCAGAAACACCUUUUUCUAUUAUUGAAUAUCAAGGCGGAGCUCCUGAUCCUUGGGGUGGGCAAGGUAUCAAUGCUUGCGCCGCCAUGAUCAACCAUGAGUUCGCGCGGAUCUUCUACAAGCUCAACUUCGGCUUUCGUGCAACUAUCGUGAACUUAUACAUGAUGUUUGACGGUACCAACUGGGGAAAUCUGGGAUAUCCUUCCGGGUACACAUCGUACGAUGUGGGCGCUGCCAUAACGGAAGACCGGCUGGUAGCACGCGAGAAAUACAGCGAAAUAAAACUGCAGGCUCAGUUCAUGCAAGCAUUUCCGGCAUACCUGACAUCUCAGCCUCUCGGGGCGUCUUUCGCGAACACUAACACCUCUAGCUUAGUUACGACAUUGCUUCGUGGUGUUUCUACCAAUUUUUACGUGGUUCGACACUUUGAUUAUGGUUCGCUCGAGUCUACAAGAUACACAGUUGACGUCGAUACUAGCGUAGGCCGCCUCACAAUUCCCACGUUAGGAGGCUCGCUGACAAUAAAUGGACGCGAUUCGAAAAUUCACGUCACUGACUACGACGUGGGAGGCAUCAAUCUCGUCUACUCAUCGGCGGAAAUCUAUACUUGGAAAAAGACAGCAUCUAAAAAUGUCCUAUUGAUGUACGGUGAGGAAGGUGAGAGGCACGAGUUUGCAAUUGCCUUGGCGUUAGAGCAUCCAAGCAUAGUUGAGGGCGACGAAAUCAGUCAUCAAAGAAACAAGAGUGCAACUAUUGUUCAAUGGAGCGUCCGAGCAUGUCGCCAAAUCAUCAGGUUCGGCAACGCGUUAGAGGUGUAUUUACUUCAGCGAAACGAUGCGUACAAUUAUUGGGUUCUCGAUCUGCCGCAUCCACCACCGUUGGGCCUACAUAUGUCGCCAUCAAGAUCAAACUUCUCAGUUAUUGUGAAGGGAGGAUACCUCAUGAGAAACGCCACUAUCUAUGGCGACACGUUGGCUUUGAAUGGAGACCUCAAUGGCACAGUCGAAGUUGAGGUGAUUGCGACUCCUGCCGGUUGUUGCUCGGCCCUCAUAUUCAACGGUAAACACGUCAAGACGACGGUCAACGGUGCACGAUUAAGGGGUGUUCUCGAGUACGAAUCUCCUAUGAUCCGCAAUCCUGAUCUCAAUGUGAUGGACUGGCAUUAUAUCGACUCAUUACCAGAGCUCGGGCUUGCCUACAACGACAGUCGCUGGACACAGUGUGAUCGUAAAACAUCCAACAACCCUCGAAGCCUUACUACGCCUACUUCACUGUAUGCAAGCGACUAUGGUUACCAUGCUGGUUCGGUUCUCUAUCGCGGCUAUUUUGUUGCAAACGGAGACGAAUCUCUUCUUCGCCUGUCCACCCAGGGAGGUUUUGCCUACGCACACUCCGUGUGGCUCAAUUCCACAUUUCUCGGCUCCUGGGCUGGCAGCGCAAUUAUACAGGCAAAGAAUCAGACCCUGGGAUUCCCAGGAAAGUUAAUGAGAGGUGCCCCAUAUGUGAUCACGGUACUUGUCGACCAUAUGGGACUGGACGCGAACUUUUAUGUCAAUGAGCAAACGAUGAAAGCGCCUCGGGGGCUCCUAGACUACAGCCUCUCCGGCCAUCAGAGCAAAUCUGACGUCACUUGGAAGAUCACGGGGAAUUUCAACGGAGAGAAAACCGUUGAACUCAGUCGGGGCCCUCUGAACGAAGGCUCCACGUUUGCUGAGAGGCAGGGUUACCAUCUUCCCGGAGCUCCUUUCGAGACAUGGCAACGUAUGGCUCCUCAGGAUGGUCUGUCCCAACCUGGUGUGGGACUUUUUGCCACAACGUUCAAGCUGGAUUAUCCUUACGGGUAUGAUAUUCCGACGAGUAUCGUGUUUACGAAUACCUCAGCUGUCGAUGAUCCCAGAGCUCGGGGUCUGUUUCGGAUCCAACUCUUCGUCAAUGGGUGGCAAUUUGGAAAGUAUAGUAUGUUCAGACAGUUCUCCGUCCCGCAAAAGCACGUCUCUUUGCCAGCCACUUACAACCUCGCAGUAAAUAAUAUUGGACCACAGACAGCGUACCCAAUCCCUGAAGGUAUUGUCAAUCAUCAUGGCGAGAAUUAUCUGGCUCUUACUCUCUGGGCUUUGGAUGAUAGAGGUGCGAAGCUAGAUGGCAUUCGGCUGGAGAACACUGCAAUUAUCCAAACAGGAUAUGCAGGACCAGACUUCGUUGAUGCUCAGAGUUACGCGGUUCGAUACGGGAGCUAUUGA